AUGGGGAGUUCCAUUCGAGAUACCGGAAUCUCUAUAGCUUAUGAACCUGAAGACAGCUCUCCAGUUGUUGACAUCCUCUUCGUACAUGGCCUCGGUGGUCAUCCUCGGAAAACAUGGACCAGUUCCAAAAGGGUCGCUAGCACACCCGAGCUGUCAUCAGCCUCUGAGUCCUUAAGGAAGAACCUAAGGAAGAAUUCCCACAAGAGUGCCCUCGGCCGCGCUCUGAGUCAACUUCAUCGAAUGACUCGGAACACAGCCGCAGAAGCUAGGCCUGAGACAUUGCACGACGAUGCCAACCCUGCCGUGGUGUUUUGGCCUGUCGACCUUCUCUCCAGAGACUUCCCGGACUCGCGCAUUCUCGUGUUUGGGUAUGAUAGCAAGAUAACUAAAUACUCGGCUGGCGCAGUCAGUGAGAAUAGCGUCUUCUCACAUGCUAAAGAUCUUCUUUUUGCGCUUGCCAAGGAGAGACCCCUUCAUCGUCCUCUGAUAUGUGUAGCUCAUAGCCUGGGCGGCAUUAUUUUCAAGGAGAUGCUUUCGAGGUCUUCAUCAUCCACACAAUAUAAGUAUCAAAAUAUUCUUCAGUCAGUCGAGGCAGUUAUCUUCCUUGGCACACCACACCGCGGUAGUGUAGACAUUGCCACUAAGGGGGAAGUAGCUCGUUCGCUGCUCAGUGCCUUAGGAGUAUCCACGACUCCAGUCAUUCUGGACUCUCUCGGCCUGAAGAACACAGAUCUAGAGAGAGCACAGGAGGAGUUUUCCCGACUUUGGCAUACGAGUAACUUUCGGGUCAAGACUUUCCAAGAAGGGCUUAUUCACCCCAAGUUAGGAAAGAAGGUUGUUCCUGAAUACUCGUCUCUCAUUGGAAAUCAUCAGGAACAUGCAGAGACGCUGCAAGCUGAUCAUUUAGAGAUGUGUCGGUUCUCAGGGAAGGACGAUCCAAAUUAUCGCAAAGUCGCUGGCGAGAUCCGUUCUACCUACCUUUCGAUUACGACAUCCAACAGGCAAGAAUCAAUUGGACACCGGGGAGAAAACAACUACAGCCCUGUAUCGAGUAUUGAUAUACCUCAAUAUCUGAGGGAUAAUUUCCAUAAACAAGGCAGUAAACUAUGUCUCCAGUCAUUGUGGUUUCCAGCUAUCAAUAGACGGUACGAGACUUUGGGUGCCCCAGCUGAGCAGACAUGUCAUUGGCUUUUGGAUAAUGAGAACUUCCGGGAUUGGCUUAGCGGAAGAGAUCAGGAAAGGCAUCAAGGACUUAUCUGGAUAAAAGGGAAACCAGGCUCCGGAAAGUCAAUGCUGAUGGGAGAAGCGUUCCGUCGAGCAGCCCAAAGGCAAGAAAAAGCACCAGCCCCGUCUCAAACAGCGGCUUUCUUCUUCAACGGCAAAGGUGAUGACCUUGAGCACUCGGUCGUCGGCCUUUUUCGGUCCUUGAUUUACCAGCUUUGCUCCAAAUAUCCCCCUUUCCUGCAGUGUUUCCAAGAUGUUUGGGAUGCAAAGGUCACGACUGGUUGCUUCAUGGGGUCAGAGGCUAUUGGUUGGCAAGAAGCUGAACUCAAGGCAGUCUUUGAAAUGAUGAUACUCCAGAAACGAAGCAAUAAAGUAUUGCUCUUCGUCGAUGCUUUGGAUGAGUGUGAGUCAAGUAGUGUGCGAAAUCUAGCCUACUUCUGGAGAAAGAUCACAAAGUCAGCUUUCGCUUCGGAGAUCGAUCUGAAAGUCUGUCUAUCAAGUCGGCAUUCCCCCUCCGUCACUGUGAGUGAUUGCCCAGAAAUCAUCAUGGAACAACACAACAGUCAGGAUAUCUCGACAUAUCUGAAGCAGAGAAUCGAGAUCGGAAUUGGCAUUCAAAACCCACAAUGGCACAUUUUGGAAGCGAAGAUUAGGGAAAUGUCAGAUGGCAUGUUUCUCUGGGUAGUCCUGGUGGUUGAUGACUUACUUCGAAGCUGGGAUGAAGGCAGGAGUCUCGAAUACCUGACGAAGCGUGUUGCAAAUACCCCGCAAGCCCUCGAGACUCUGUUCUCGGAGAUGUUCUCUCAUAUCACACCCGAAGGGAAGAAUGUCGCCGUUAAACUGUUCCAAUGGGCUACCUUAUCCACAAAACCACUUCGUCUUCACGAGUGGCAUCACAUAAUGGGGUUUAUCAGGCAUCCCACGCCAACUUCGCUUGCUGAAUGGCGAGCAUCAGAAUACUUUACAGCAACCGACGAGCAGCUGGUGAAACAAAUCAAAACUGUUUCUCUGGGACUGGUCGAGGUGACAGGAGCAACCAAGAUCCCGCCGCAUGACUCAGGCUCUGACAUAUCCUCAGUGGGCGUAGACGCAGGAUCCUUGAUGCACGAAUACGGUGGUACUAGGAUCGUACAGGUGAUCCACGAGUCAGUACGGGACUUCUUCUUGAGGGGCAAUGGGUUCUCGGUGCUAGACUCGAGUUUGUUAACCCAUCCUAUUAGUAGUGGACACUUAUCUAUCAUGGCCACUUGUUUGGACUAUGUGAACAUUGAUGAGCUCGAUGCCCUGGUAGCGGCACGACAACGGGUUACCCACAAAGGAAAGGGGAAACCCGAGGCAAAGAGCCCAAUGUCAUUAACUGAGUCGAACGGUGACUGCUCUCUGUCUGUUUGCUCUCUCGAACAUGAGGGACAUCCCCCACAAGGCACGAUCAGCGUACCUCUACGUCCAAGGAAGACGCCAGAAGAUGAUAAAGGGUCAGAACAAAUCAUAACAGACUUUUCUGAGUCAUACAAGUUCAUGGCUAUACGUCGAUGGCUGGAAGAGAGCAGUAAUUCAACUGCUGAAUCGGAGUUGUUGAUCGAUGUUCCGCAAGCUCCAUUCUCGGAUGUCCCUGACACCGUUCACUCCCAGAUUCUAGAGGACCAUCCUGCGCUGCUCUCGUAUGCUGCAUUCGCAAUGUUUGAACACGCUCGCCUAGCACAAAUUGACGGGGCUGACAUAACUCCAAUUCUUGAUCGUCUUAACGACGAAUCAGUGUGGGCUCGUUGGAAAUCCUUAAGAGAGGAUGUACCGGAGGCAGUAAAACUGCUUGAUUUCUUUGAUGACUUAGGCCUUGUCUCAUGGAUCAGCGCUUUUCACGAUCGAUUUAGUCACGGUCAAGAGAGACGAAGGAGUUCUUCUCCAUCAGAAAUUGGUACUCGCAGACGCAGUCUUUCUUCAAAUCAUCAACUAUCGGGGGAUGAUAAACCAAGGAGUGCUUUUCAUAGGCCGAUUUCAUUACCACAAGUUGAAUCUCAAGAACGCCCUCCUCCAUUGGGUUCCCCAAACUGGCCAGGUGAGAGCCCCCAAAGUUUUAUCCGCGUACCUAGAAGACAAGGCAGUAUUGCCAGCUUUGGCUCUGCUAGUAGCCACGAUGGAUACGGCCGACAAACCCUAAGUUCGAACUCUGGGGCCGCUUUUAUUACCACAAGUUAA